CAUUUUACGGAAGAGGUGGGAUUCGAGAUGUGGAUGUUAGAAGGGUUUGAGAAAACAGUGUUUAUAUUUUGCGGUGACUGACAGCUUUAAAUUAUGAAUUGACCACACACUCAGAUGUAGCCUACGUGCUGCGCAAUUCACAGGGCGCUUUUAGUUUUCCAGUUGGGCUAAAUCCCGAGAUUAUUCCUACAUCUCUGUAAACGUGGCGGUCUAAACAAAACGCUCGUGAAUUAGUAAGAAACGACUAACUACAGGUGUAACAGGACCAACAAGCAACAGUAAAAAUGGAGUUUGUUAAAGAGGAGAAAGAAAGUACAGAUCCAGAGCCGUUAAGAGUGACAAAUAUUGACGAUACUGACGAACAAAGAGACCUGGAUGAAAGUCUGGAACUGAAGAAAGUGGAGGAUGAGCAUCAGUGUCGGGAACCUUCUAAUUUCAUAACCGGAGAAAAAUCUUCGAGUUGCUCAGAGACUUUAAAGAAAAUCCCACAAGAAAGACAUCGGAGAACAGAAGCCAACAGUUCCUUCAUCUGCCCCGAAUGUGGAAAGAGUUUCUCGCAUAAAGGGCACUUUAAUGAGCACAGAAAAAUUCACUCCGGAGUGAAGCCUUUUACCUGCCCUUACUGUGAGAAAAGUUUCACGUGUAAAGGACACCUUAAAAGACACGUAAGGAUUCACACCGGAGAACGACCUUACACGUGCCCUGAAUGUGGAAAGGGUUUCAAAUGUGCAACAAAUCUCAAAGACCAUCGGCAAUCUCACUCGAAUGAAAGAGCUUUUAAGUGUGAGCAGUGUGGUAAAAAAUUCGUUUUGGCCUCGACCUUAAAGGCGCACAUGAAAAUUCAUACAAACGAGAAGCCUUACGUGUGUGCCGUUUGUGGGAAAGGUUUUUUACGACUGGGUUGUUUUAAUGAUCAUCAGAAAAUACACACUGGUGAGAGAGCUCAUAUAUGCUUCGAGUGUGGCGAUACCUUUACCAGAUCCAGCGCCCUCAGACAGCACCAAAAAAUUCACACUGGAGAAAAACCUUUCAAGUGUUCGUACUGUGCAAAGUGCUUUACGCAUUCAGGAGCUCUGAAAAGACACGAGAGAGUUCAUACUGGAGAAAGGCCGUAUCACUGUAAUGCAUGUGGGAGGAGAUUCACUCAGUCCGGUGAUCUACAGAAUCACAUAAAAAAGCCUUGUCCCAUGUUAUUAUCAGAUAAGUCAUCUUCAGUUGCUAUGUAAAUACAGUUCAUGUGAAAUUUCUGUUUUGCUUUAACACCGUAACAAAUGACCUGUUGCAUGGUGCCUACAUUAUUGCACUACAUGAGAUAACUCUGUAUGUUGUAAUGAUUAAUGAGUAUUUAGAACUCAGUUUGUGCUGUUAACUUAUCUUACACUCUGCCUAAAAAUAUGAAGGUAUGUCUGAAGAAAUAGGGUACAGCUUAUAUAAUUGUAUUUCUUUACAUCUUAUAACCAAUGUCCAAGCUGGAAUGCCUAAAUUAACCCUGUGUAAACACAACCCGAAGUCAUUAAUAUGUGUAAUGAGUUGAUUCUAUUGAUUGUAUAUGCACUAUUAAAAAUCAUUUGUGAAUUA